GCCCCCACCCGUGUGAGAAAAAUAAAUAUUGUUGUCGUAACCUGUAAGAAAAUAGAUUUAAUAUUUUAUAAAAGGGAUUUGAUUAAAAUAUUAUCAGAAUGAAUCCGACAGAGCCAACAAGUACUGAAACGUUAAGUUCCAAAAUGAAAGAUGUUAUUGAUGUGUUGGCCAUGCAAAGGGAAAAAAGGAAUACUCUACAAAAAAGUAUUACAAUUGAUUAUACUAAAAGUAGUGACAGUUUCACAGUUUCAAGAUUUAUUUUUGAGUGUGGGUUGAAACUAGAAGCUCACUCAUUAACUAUUGCCACCGCUGCAACUUUGUACCAUAGGUUUAUAAAGGAGGCUGCUCCAGGAGGCUAUGACAACUAUCUGAUUGCAGCAACUUGUCUUUAUCUAGCAGGAAAAGUGAAAGAUGAUAAUCUAAAAAUAAGAGAUGUAAUGAAUGUCUCUUAUAGCACACUACACAGGGGAUCACAACCCCUAGAGCUAGGAGAUCAGUAUUGGAGCAUGAGAGAUGCAAUUGUUCAGGCAGAACUUUUAAUUAUGCGUAUGCUGAAGUUUCAAGUGACUCCAGUACAUCCACAUAAAUAUAUGCUGCACUAUCUAAGGUCUUUGCAGGCAUGGUUUGGGGAAGAAGAAUGGUCUAAGUAUCCAGUUGCAAAGACCAGUAUGGCACUUCUACAAGACUUCCAUCAUUCACCCGCUAUACUUGAUUAUCCACCAAAUUUAAUAGCCAUUGCUUGUAUUAAUUUAUCGCUUCAGAUUUAUGGUGUUGUAGUACCAUUAAUGGAUGAAUGUGAUCAACAACCUUGGUUCAAUGUAUUUUGUAAAGACUUAACAAGGGACAAGCUUUGGGAAAUAAUGGAAAAAGUUAUGGCUGCAUAUGACGAAGAACCAGAAACAAGAGAUAAUUGAUGCAUUUUAGUUCAUUUUUUAAUGUAUGAAAUUUUGAAACAGCUUGUAUAUUGACACAGAUCUGGCACUUUCCUCAUAAAAACUGGUAUCAACAGAGUACAAAAAUAAAUCAAGAUUGUCAUUAAAAUAAAUUUUCUAUUCUGUGUUUCGUAA